CCGCCGCUCCAGCAUGCACGGAGGAUGCUCGCGUCUUGCUCAGGCAGGAAGGGGCCGGAGGGCAGGUACCCGCUGCACUACCUCGUCUGGCACAACCGCGCCCGAGACCUGGACCGGGAGCUCAGCGCCAAGCAGGCUGACAUUGAGCAGCUGGACCCCCGAGGACGCACCCCACUGCACCUGGCCACCACACUGGGCCACCUGGAGUGUGCCAGGGUGCUGCUGAAGCAUGGUGCUGACGUGGGCAAGGAGAACCGCAGCGGCUGGACGGUCCUGCAGGAGGCUGUGAGCACCCGGGACCUGGAGCUGGUGCAGUUGGUCCUGCGCUACCGUGACUACCAGAGGGCCAUCAAGCGCCUGGCUGGGAUCCCCAUCCUCCUGGAGAAGCUGCGCAAGGCCCAGGACUUCUAUGUGGAGAUGAAGUGGGAAUUCACGAGCUGGGUGCCGCUGGUGUCCAAGAUCUGCCCCAGUGACACCUACAAGGUGUGGAAGAGCGGCCAGAACCUGCGGGUGGACACGACGCUGCUGGGCUUUGACCAUAUGACCUGGCAGAGGGGCAACCGCAGCUUCGUCUUUAGGGGGCAAGACACCAGCGCGGUGGUGAUGGAGAUCGACCACGACCGGCGGGUGGUGUACUCGGAGACGCUGGCCCUGGCCGGCCACGACCAGGAGGUGCUGCUGGCUGCUGUGCAGCCCACCGAGGAGCAGGUGAUGGGGCGGCUCACGGCCCCUGUUGUCACCACACAGCUCGACACCAAGAACAUCGCCUUUGAGAGGAACAAGUCCGGUAUUCUGGGCUGGAGGAGUGAGAAGACAGAAAUGGUGAAUGGGUAUGAGGCCAAGGUCUAUGGCGCAUCCAAUGUGGAGCUGAUCACGCGGACAAGGACUGAGCACCUCUCGGACCAGCACAAGGGCAAGAGCAAAGGCAGCAAGACCCCUCUGCAGUCCUUCCUGGGCAUCGCCGAGCAGCACGUGGGGCCCAACAACGGGACGCUGAUCACGCAGACCCUGAGCCACGCCAACCCCACUGCCAUCACCCCGGAGGAGUACUUCAACCCCAACUUCGAGCUGGGCAACCGGGACAUGGGGCGGCCCAUGGAGCUCACCACCAAGACACAGAAGUUCAAGGCGAAGCUGUGGCUGUGUGAGGACCACCCGCUGUCCCUCUGCGAGCAGGUUGCCCCCAUCAUCGACCUCAUGGCAAUAAGCAACGCGCUCUUCGCCAAGCUGCGGGACUUCAUCACCCUGCGCCUCCCGCCCGGCUUCCCGGUCAAGAUCGAAAUCCCCAUCUUCCACAUCCUCAACGCCCGCAUCACCUUUGGGAACCUCAAUGGGUGCGAUGAGCCCGUCAGCUCCCUGCGGCACAGCCCCAGCAGCGAGGCCCCUUCCCCCAGCAGCGACUCCUCCAGCGUCAGCAGCUCCAGCUCCCUGACCUCAUGCCGCGCGUGUGAGAUGGACCCGGCCCUGUUCGAGGUGCCGCGGGGGUACAGUGUGGUGGGGACGCACCAGGACGCGCUGCGGGAGGAUGAGGAUGAUCUGCUGCAGUUUGCCAUCCAGCAGAGCCUGCUGGAGGCAGGCAGUGAGUAUGACCAGGUGACCAUCUGGGAAGCGUUAACCAACAGCAAACCGGGCACACACCCCAUGUCCCACGAGGGCCGCCGGGGAGACAGGUUGGUAAGGUCCAUCCAGCCCCCCCGGGGGAGCGGGUGCUGGCUCUGCAGGGACCCCAUUGAGAGCCUGCCCCCCCCCAGGACUCCCCAGCACACAGCAGCGCCCCGGGCCCCCGCUGCCCCUGCGCCGGGGGGGGGCCGGGCCCCCAGCGCCCUGUUCCCCAGCUACGCGGAGCAGCUGCGCUUGGCCAUGGCGCUGUCGGCUCGGGAGCAGGAGGAAGCCGAGCGCCGGACGCGGCAGGAGGAGGAGGAUCUGCAGCGGAUCCUGCAGCUCUCGCUGACGGAGAAGUGACCCCACAGCCCCACUGACCCCCAUGGGG